AUCAGCAAAUCUGCCCACAUGCAUGUUCUCACACAUGCAAACACAGACAUAACCCUUUGACCUAAUGUCAGAGCCUCCAAAGUGCUGCAUCUGUCUGGACGAGUUUACCAGCCCUGCUUCCCUCCCUUGCGGACACUGCUUCUGCCUGGGCUGUAUAGGCGAAUACUGGAGGAUCAAUGGGGCCUGUCAGUGCCCACUUUGCAAGGCCUUUUUCCCCACCAGGCCACAGCUGAAAACAGACCAAACGCUCCAUGCUGGUGCCUCAACUGAGGAGGCAGCUGAGCCUUUAAAAGCUGGAGAGGUUCCCUGUGAUUUCUGCCCAGUGAAGCACAGAGCAGUCAAGUCUUGUCUGGAAUGCCUGGCCUCAUACUGUCCCACUCAUCUGGAGCCACAUUACCGGAGCGAAGAUCUUGGGCACCAUCUUCUGAUCAGUGUGGUAAAGAACCUGGAGGACUCUGUGUGUAGACUGCAUGGAAAGCAGCUGAACAGGUUCUGUAGGAGUGACCGAACAUGCAUCUGUGCCACGUGCGCCCAGACAGAACACAGGGGCCAUCACAUCAUUUCUAUCAACAAAGAAGCUGCAAAGAAGAAGGUUAAGCUAAAAUGGAGAAGGGUGAAACUUCAGCAAGCCAUUCAAGAGAGACUGAGUAAAGUUGACAAAAUGAAGCGCUCUGUAGACCUCAGUGGAGAAAACCCUGAAGAGGCAUGGGCACAAAAUAAAGAGCUCAUCAGACAACUGGAGGAAGAAAUCUCCGAGCUGCAGCGCAGAAACACUGAGCUGGAGCAGCUCUCACAGACUGAAGACGACCUCCACUUCCUACAGGUUUGCGCCAUGGUCGAAAGUCAACAUAUCACUCAAUGAAAUCACUUUUGUUUUGUUUUAAUAUGCAGUAUUUGUUACAUUAAACACUGCCACUGUUCCUUUAAUGCACACUCGCUCUCUCGUCUCUACAGACAUUUCUUUACACUGCUCCAUCUUAACGUUUGGACAAACAUGAUGAUUUACCUUCUAGAGCACUGGAAUGUUUUCAGCAGCAUACGCGGGAUGGUGUUUGCUUCAAAGGAAUGGGUCGACCUUUUGGGAAAUCCGCUUAUUUACUCUCUGGUGGAGAAAUAGAUGAGAAGAUGGAUGCCACCACCACAUCCAUUAAAUAUUAGGGCUACAUCCAUCUUAGUGUAGCAUAAAAUCUACCUAUUAACACAUUAUAAUUUGUUUGUUACAAAACCUAAGUGUAAUUGUUCUUCAAAUUGCCAUUUUAUUUGUACUCAUCAGUGUUUGUGCUAAGUGGCUACUAGCUGUAGCUGCAUUUAGUGGACAGAUAUGGCAGUGGUAUUGAUCUCUGCCAGAAAAUUAAUAAGUGUCUCAAAAUAUCAACUGUUUACUUUAAGAUUCAUUUGAAUGUACAUGCUGAGCUGUUUAGCUUUUUUUUAAUAUGUGCAAAUAAAAUAUUAAUGAUUUGUAUAUAUUAAAAAAAAAAAACGUAAACCUCAAAAACAAUGGCAGUAAUUGCCUAAAUCCAGUAGAAGAAAUCACUUGAUUCAGGAGGAUUCACUGAGAGAAUACAGUAUGUUGUAUGAAUGUAACUUAUGCCUGGGUGGAUGAUGUAUUUUAUAAUGUACUGGAACAUGAUGCACCUUGUAAAAAAAAAAUGAACAUGGCAAUAAAAUGAAAUGCAAAUGUGCAAUGCCAAUUUAUUUUUACACAUGCAGUUCAAUAUUCCAGUGUUUAAA